UUUCUAUUCUAUUAUAUAUCGGCCCAAUGCAAAAGUCUUAACGUUUGUAGAUAAUUUUCAAAGAAUAAACUGCUGGUAGUGCUUUAUAGAUUUGUGAGUUUGUUUUAUGAAAAGGAAGCAUGGAAAUUAUCAAAGUCGCUAGGGAAACAUUUUGGUCAACUCGCAUAUGGUUACCUCCCAAUAUCACUUGGGAGGACAUCGCUCCAGGUUCACGCCCGGAUGUGACGCACGCCGAUUACAGGGAUCUUGUAUGGCCCAUACCAAUGGCAGUAGUUAUUAUGCUACUUCGAUAUGCAAUUGAAAGAUUCUGGAUAAUGCCUGUUGGAAAAUCAUUGGGCAUUAAGUCUUCUCGAUCAAAAAAAGCUUCCAAUAACUCUGUUUUGGAAAAAGCUUACCAAAAGUCUAAUAGGUUGAAUUACAAACUGGUACCGUCUUUAAAAAAACAAACUGAUAUGUCUGAGCGACAAAUUCAACGUUGGUGGCGAUUGAGAAGAGCUGCAGAUAGACCAACAACUAUAGUGAAAUUUUGUGAAAAUACGUGGCGUUGCAUAUAUUAUUCAUACAGCUUUAUUUUUGGAAUUAUCGUCCUUUGGGAUAAAGAUUGGUUUUGGAACAUAAAGCAUUGUUGGUACGGUUAUCCGCAUCAGUCUAUUUCCAGCGAUAUAUGGUGGUAUUAUAUGAUAUCCAUGGCUUUUUAUUGGUCCCUUACCGUAACACAGUUUAUUGACGUUAAACGGAAAGAUUUUUGGCAAAUGUUUGUCCAUCAUAUGGUCACAUUACUACUAAUGGCAUUGAGCUGGGUCUGUAAUUUACACCGCGUCGGUUCCUUAGUUCUUGUCGUACAUGACUGUGCCGACAUAUUUUUAGAGGCUGCAAAAUUGACAAAAUACGCGAAAUAUCAGAAAUUGUGUGAUUUUAUAUUUGCGAUAUUUACUGUUGUAUGGAUUGUAACAAGACUCGGUUUCUUUCCACGCAUAAUUUAUAGCUCAUCUGUUGAAGCUCCAAAUAUUUUACCAAUGUUCCCGGCGUACUAUAUUUUCAACACUCUUUUAAUAUCUCUACUGUUUCUACAUGUAGUUUGGACUUACUUGAUUUUAAAAAUUGUUGUUGAUUCUUUACAGAAAGGAUUGAUGUCAGGAGAUAUUCGAUCGAGUGAUAGUGAAGACGUGUCUGAUAGCUCUGAAAACGCAAAUAUUCCCAAUGGAAUUGGGGAACAUACAAAAGAAGUUAGCAGUUUGAAUCGGCCGCGUUAAUUAUAAAAGAGAAAUAAUAUUUUAUUCACAUUUGUAUAAAUGUAAAUAAAUAGCAAGUUUGAUUAUUUAAUCAAGA